AUGUCUGGAACCAUUGACAAGAACGAAACCGAAAUCACUCAUGAUGCUAACAUUAAUAAUGAUCAUAGAAAUAAUAUAUUUUUAUCAUCUGUAGCAUCUGUAACAUCAACAACACCAGAAAAUGACAUAUCGAAAUACACAAAAUUCGCGCAGAAACUCGAAAAAGAUCCGAUUUCGUAUUUGGAUCGAUAUUAUCGAAAGUUUUAUUUUCUAGAUCCAGAUAAAGAAAAACAAGAAGAUUUUUACAUAUAUCGACCUCCAAACGGUCUAUGUGUACUGGGAUUAGCUCCUACUCAUCCACUAAUACAAGAAGCUUCGAAGUACCCCCACUCCAAUUCGUCCACGACUGAAAACUUAGAGAAAUCAAUAACUGUUUCCAUCGCAUUCAACCAAAAUGUCAUAUCGUUAAUUGGAAAGAAACAUCGUCCUUUUCGACCAAAUAUUAAUCUUUCAAUAAUAAACCACGACAAAAACACGUCCACAUCCAUCACAGUAAAAGAAGACAAAAAACACGGGGAUAUCAAAGACUUUAUCACAAAGAAUCCAAAAUUCGAGAACUACGCAUUAAACAUCAAGUUUCCCGUGACAGGUUUCUUGGUAGACUGGAACGGGAAAAUUGUUGAUAAUCCCGCGUAUUUAUUUGAAAAACCCUCUUCUGAAGGAUACAUCGCAAUAAUAAAGCCACAAAAACAUAGUCCUCCGGAACUAGAAAAUUGGGUGACCGAGGCUGAGUACAAAAAAUUACGAUUUGGUAUCAUCGUUUCCACGGAAGAACCUAACGACCAAUUUAUAGUAGAUGAGCAAGUGAGCAGUAUCACAACCACCGCAAUCCAUGAGAACGCCAGUAUUAUAGAAACGGAUGUAACGGACGAGGAUAUAAAAUAG